CCAAGACCUUUUCACCUUUCGCUCCUCCUCUCGUUGCUCGUGAGAUAGCUCCUCGCGCGCGCUUUCGCGUACGUAGUUCCAGCUACGUGAUAAAUAGCCUUAUGCACUUAGUAAACACCAUUUACUGGAGUCCUCGCUCGCAUCGCAUCGCGAGCGGGCACUCUGCUAGUAAAACAAUAGCUAUCGGAAAGCUUGGUCGCGUCGUAAUGGAGAAAGCCGCCCCCGAUCUCGACGUGUACACGAAGCAAAACAUCUGCGACAACACCUUGGACGAUGCGCAGCUCGCAACCCGAUGCCCGCUCGACAAUGGGCGACUCGCCGACGCGUCCACCCCCGCGCGCUAUUCCGCCGGCCAGCUCGACCAUCUCCCAGCAGAACUUGUCCUCCUAGUCCUACUACAACUCGACAUUCCUUCGCUGACCCGCCUCCGCCGCGCCAACCGCCGCGCGAUGCAGCUUGUCGACUCGCUCCCCCAAUACGCCGCUCUCGUCAGGCAUUGCCCGAACAUCAUCCGCGCUAUUCUGAGCAUCCAGGCAGAUGCGUUUGACUGCGAGACGCUGUACAGAAUCCUCAGCACGACGCGAUGCUCCACGUGCGACCGCUCUGGAGACCACCUUUACCUCAUCGAUUGCCGCCGAGUUUGCUACUUUUGCUUUACCGGUCGGCCGGAAUACCUUCCCCUGACAAUUGGCCUAGCAUCGAGUCUCUUUGCUCCCAACGAGGCGCAGAAGCGCAGUGGCGUUACUGCUCGCCGACUACUGUACGCGGCAAACCUCCCGAACGUCCUAAGCCUGCCCGGGAGGUAUUGUAGCGCCUGGGGCAGCGAUGGGGGGAACCUGGCGCGGAAGCGGCUUCGAAUCUUUGACCGUCGGGCAGUAGCAGUCCAUAGUCAGGCCAGCCUUGGGCCCCCAAAGUUGGACAGGACCACCAGAGAACCUCGCAGAUACAUGGCCAUUGUCACCGCGCCGUAUCUGCUCGAUGCUGGCCGACAAGUCGACUGGGGAUGCUUUUGCCUUGGCUGUAGGGAUGAGACGGAUGAGACAGCGAGGCAUUUCAGGAUCAAGUAUACGAGAGAAGGCAUUUUAGAACAUAUUGCAAGGCACGGGCCAGUGAGGGAGAUGCCGAGGAUACCCGGUAGGUUUAUGCACUCCAGUCAAAGUUGACAUGGUCUCUAAGCUUCUUACUACGUAGGCAUGUUGAUCUCGUUAAAAUUCCCUUCUCCCCUCCGUCUCUGCCCGUAUGGAACGCCCUUUUACCUCGAACUACAUCAAGUGCCCUUUCCGUUACCCCCUAAUCGAAUCGUCCAUUGGUAGGCUGUGUCUUUUUUUGUAACGUUUCACGCCCAUGUUGGCCGUUGGUGUUGGCCGUUGGUGUUGGCCAGGUCAUAUUGUGCACCUCGAGUUAGCCAACCUGGUUGAGUUGCUGGGAUGACGGAUUAAUUGGCUACCAAGCAGCUACCAGGGUUGUAAAAAAAA